AACCCAGAACUAGAGCCAGAUGUGCUGAGGAACCUGAGGAGAUGGAAAGCAUGAGUGAGCAUUCAGAGUCAGACUGUAAUCCAGUGGACUAUUAUGAUCCUGGAAAGUCUUUCGAGAUUGAAACCAGAAUUCUGUCUAACAGAAAAAGAACAGUCCACUUACCUGGUGCUGAACAUGUGAUGGAAAAGGAUGAAGAACAUCUUAUCCCGAAAGAUCCUGUGGAUAGAGACUUACCUAGAGACUUACCUGAUGUGGAAUCCACCAAUGCUGAGAAAGACGAUCAUCCUACUCCAAGGCAACCGGUAGAGGAGAGCCUAUCAGGUCAGCCUGAAGUUGAAGUUCUUGAUGAAAGCUCGGUUGUGGAAUCUGGAAGAGAAAUGGCACAGGUUACAGAUCAAGAGCAACCAGAUGCUAAUAGUGAAUCACCUGAAAAUACAAAUAGAGGAGAUGAAAGUAGCACUUCCACUCAAAGAGAAAGCACCACUCUCAAAGACUCUCAAGAGAACCAGAGUGAGGAAACUGAAACUGAACUUCUCAGACGUUCAAGCAGACAAUGUGAUGCUCCAAAAAGACUUCAUUACCCGCAACUGGGUAAUCCUCUCAGUUUAGUCGUUCAAUCCCUGUUCUCCAGUCUGAGUACAGCCAUUACUACUACUUUGGAAGAUCUGAAUCCCCAUAGAACUUACUCUCCUGUUGAAAUCAUCUGAAUUCCAGAAUGCAGAGGGACCUGCAUACAUUCAGGAGGGGAGAGUGUAACCCAGGUCAUUAACCUAGGUCACUAGCAUUUAUUUGCAAUUUUAUAUAACUAUUAUUGUCAUAAAAUAUAUAAAUAUAUAAAAAAAGAAAGAAGAAAAAUGCAGUAAAAUUGCUUUAUAAAUUAAAUUUAGAAAUGCUCUUGAGCCGAUUGCUCAUUGGUGAGGUGAAAAGUUAGUCCCGCCCCUUGCCGAAAGUUAGCGGACAAGCAGGCAGAACGAGAGUGAACUUGAACGAGAGAAGACGCAGUUGCACAAAUUGUGAUUAAAAUCCUUUGUUUAAUAAUCCAGCGAUAGAUUAUUAACAAGUUGAAUUUAUAUCUGUGAUUAUAUAACUUUUAGAAACUCGACUGUUUGAGAAUAGUAUUGUGUGACGACGUUUGAACCGGACAUGAUGAGACUGACGCAAUAAGAUAUAAUAUACAUCUUUUCCGGGGAGAAACAACUUUAUUUUUGUUUUCUGAUUUAUACUUCUCCUUGGCUGGGUUUUUUUUUCUUUGUGAGAAUUGUGUUCCUGAAUCCUGUCCUUGCUGAAUAUUCGCAUUCCGGUCGGGACUGGCGAGCCAUUCCAUCCUCUCGUACCUGGAAACAGAGAAAAGAGCGUGAAGUCUGCCGAACUGGUAGGAUCAAACAAAAGAGCGCGAAGUCUGCCGAACUGGUAGGAUCAAACAAAAGAGCGUGAAGCCUGCCGAACUGGUAGGAUCAAACUAUUUUUGCUUUGAUUUUUCUGUUAUUUCUCCCGAGUUUUUUCUAUCUGGAUCUUCGGUGGAUAGAAACAUUGUUUUUUCUCUCUCCUGGAUUAAAUUUCUUCUUCCACUUUUUGAUGAACAUUGCUUUAUACUCUUGAAUUUGAAAUUGAGACACUGAACUUAAACUCAACUGGACAUUUAGACUGAGUUGAAUGCAAAAACUGAAGCUCAUUGUGAAACAGAUUUCAAAAAUAUUUCAAAUCUGAACGUCUCAAAACUGAGACACUGAUUUUGAAAUUGUGUGUGAAAUUUAUUAUUUUACUGUUUUGUUUAUUUUUAUUCUGAAUCUGAACCUUGAUUUGGGUUUUUGAAUUUGUAUACCCUUUUGUUAUUUUGGGUUUUAUUAUUCAAUUCACUUGUUAUUUCAUUGCAAUUUAAAGAGAAGGAUUGAAGACAAAAAAUAAUCAAUCAAAACAAUAUACUACAUUCUCUUCCAUA